AUGAUCCGUGACUAUGACUGUUUAGUUGAAGCGGCAGCUCAUGUAGAGAUCACUGUGGAAGCCGAAGAGGCAAGGAAAAAGUCUAAGAGAUCAGGACAGUCUGAUACCAGGAGUGACACGGGUUCUUCCAAGAGGUCCAGGGGUUCGUCAUCAUCUUGGCAAUCAUCUCCACAACAAGCCAAAUCUUUAAGUUAUGUGUCGGGUGGGAGUUUUGGAAACAUGCCCCGAGUUACUGGUGCAUGUUAUAGGUGUGGCCAAUUGGUCACAAGGCAGCGGAGUGUGGGCAGAAGAGUGGAGCACAGUCUCAGACGGUGCGGCCACAGGCCUGGGCAUUUGAAGAAGUUUUGUCCACAAAAGACUGGGGUUUCGGAAGUGGUGGCAUCUAGGCAGUCUGGAGGUUUACAGAUGGGUCAAGGGCAGAGGCACUCAUAUCAGUCAACUCAAACAGGGCAAGCACCCAGGGCAGCUCAAGGAGCCACAUCUGCUCAAUCUACACCACAAGCUUAUGUUUCGAGAAGUGACAUGGGGGAUCAGAGGUCACAAGGUAGGGUAUAUGAUGUCACUACCUCCGAGCCAGCUACGGGGCCAUCGGUGGUGAGAGGUACAUUUCUUGUUUUCAAUACUUGGGCUAAGGUGUUGAUUGACACUGGAGCAUCGCAUUCAUUUAUUGCUAUGUCUUUUGCAUCAUUGUUGGGGAUAAAGAGUAGACAACUGCCGGCUUCGCUUACUGUAGAGUCACCAGUAGGGGGAAAGGUCAUUCUGACCUGGGAAUGUCGGGGGUGUGAUGAGUCCUUACCCUUCUCUUACUACCAGCGUGGCCGGGGGCAGAUGAAUUUUCUAUUGGCAACCCUUUGGGAGGAUGGUAGUGACGUAAUUCGGAAGGAAUUCCCAAGGGUAGUAUGUGAUUACCUUGAUGUCUUUCCUGAAGAUCUCAUGGAGUUGCCACCUCAUAGGGAGGUAGAGUUCACCAUAGACUUGCUUCCGGUUACGACACCUAUUUCCUUGUCGCCAUAUAGAUUUGCCCCAGCUGAAUUGGUGGUAUUGAAGGAACAGUUACAUGAUUUACUUAGUAAGGACUUUAUACGCCCUAGCACUUCACCUUGGGGAGCCUCAGCUUUGUUUGCGAAGAAGAAGGAUGGGUCCUUGAGAUUGUGUGUAGAUUAUCGUAAAUUGAAUCAAGCCACGGUUAAGAACAAAUACCCCUUGCCUAGAAUUGAUGACCUCUUUGACCAACUUAAGGGCUCUCGUUGUUUCUUCAAAAUAGAUUUAAGGUCGGGUUAUCAUCAAAUUCGAGUUAGGGAAGAAGAUAUUCCCAAAACCGCCUUUCGUACUUGA